UUUCUAUUCCACUCCCUGCAAAAUUAAGGAUGGUAAGGAUUAAACAAUGCAAUUAUGCAAACAAGCAAAAGGGAGAUAAGAUAAGAGAGAACCUAUACCCUUUCGGCUCCAGUUCAGAUGUGCGAGGGUUCUACUGUGUUCGCUAAACCCCCGCUUAAGCCAUCGCUGCUCUUCUCCUUUCCGACCACGAAGACCCCUGUUGCUGUCGCGCAACUCUCCUUCGUGAUCUCCUCUCAUCUCAGUCUCACAGAGAAGAAACCUCGUUUGUGCUCUUCUUCGAUUGGAAACGGAGAGGAGAAAGAUGAACAAGAAAGAGGUACUAAAACUAGCAAAAGGUUUUAGGGGAAGAGCAAAGAACUGCAUUCGUAUAGCAAGAGAAAGAGUGGAGAAGGCCUUGCAGUAUUCCUACAGAGACCGUCGCAACAAGAAGCGAGACAUGCGGUCUCUCUGGAUUCAACGCAUAAAUGCCGGCACCCGUCAACAUGGUGUUAACUAUGGGAACUUCAUGCAUGGUCUGAUGAAGGAGAACAUUCAGCUGAACAGGAAAGUUUUGUCAGAGUUAUCUAUGCAUGAACCGUAUAGUUUCAAGGCCCUCGUAGACAUAUCUCAUAAUGCCUUUCCUGGAAACAAAAAUGUGGUCCUUCCUCCCAGGAAGGUAAACAUUUCAAUUAAUGUAUAACUGAUAGUUUUGGUUGCUCAUCCUUCCACUACCAGGGUUUUCUAUGCAUGAACCAUAUAGUGUCAAGGCCCUCAUAGACAUAUCUUGUAAUGCCUUUCCUGGAAACAAAAAAUGCCGUACUUCCUCUCAGGAAGCUAAAAAUUUCAGUUAAUGUAUAACUGGUAGUUUUGGUUGCUUAUCCUUUCACUGCCAGUCUGGUUUUUUUCUGAAACAAACCUUUAAAUAAUUGACUUUAUAUUUUCUUUA